AUGGAGGAAAUAUAAGACAUUUAGCAGUAACCUUAAGAAACUUAGUAAAAGGAAGAACAAAGCGUACAAAAAUAAACUAUAAAAAUGAUUAAAAGAAAACUCUAAUUAAAAGCACUCAUAUAUCAAAUAAAUCCAAACUAUAAGCAAAUUAAAUAGAAUAUUUAAAAAGUUGAAUCAGCUCUCAUGAAAUAUAACAAAAAUGAUAAAAUAGAUAUAUUCAUGCUACCUGAAAUGGCUUUAACAGGAUACACAUUUAAAGACAGAGAUGAUAUUAGAGAUUAUUGUGAAGAAAGUGGAAAGGGAAAGCAAUUUACCUUCUUUUCAAAAAUUGCAACAAAAUUAGGUUGCUAUGUUUUUGCAGGUUUUCCUGAAAUUGAAAUUGUCAAUGGAUAGGAGAAUUUUUACAAUUCUGCUUACCUGAUUGAUAGAGAUGGUAAAUUAAUAAUAACUUACAGAAAGAAGCAUUUGUUUGAAACAGAUAAAACAUGGGCUCAAGAAGGUAGUGAGUUUGGAGCAGUAUACUUAAAAACUAGAGAAGGCAAAUAAUUCAAAGCAGGUUUAGGUAUUUGUAUGGAUAUUAAUCCUUAUGAGUUUUAAGAUUCAAGCAAAUUUGAAUUUUCAGAUUUUUGUAAAGAGCAAGAUGUGGAUGUAGUAUUGUUCUUAUCUGCUUGGAAUGACCAUGAGCCAGAUAAUUUAGAUGAUUCUUCUAUAGAUGGAUCUUUAAACUACUGGCUUUGGAGAAUGAGAACUAUGUAGAAUAAAAAGUAAGAAUUAAAUUACCAUAAAAGCUGGGCUUUUAUAUGUUGUGAUAGAACAGGGGUAGAAGAUAAAUUAGAUAAUAAAGAAAAAACUCAUUAUCUUGGUUGCAGUUGUGUAAUUAAAGUAAAUCCUACAUAACUUGUUUAUUGCUUAGAUAAGAAAAAUGAAGGUGUCUUAGUUGCUGAUAUUUCUCUUGAAUGA